AUGUUUUUCCUAUUUUCAGUCGCCAAUUCCGAGUCAAAAGCAGGAAUAUUUAGUAAAGUUUAUAAUGAUAAAAUUAUUGUCAUUGAUGCUAGUGGAUCUUCCAAGCAAUAUAUCAACGGAACUAAGCAAUUGACGAAACCAGAAUAUUCUAUUUAUCCUUGGACAAAAGAAUAUGACUGGUGCUCCAACUGUGGACGCUCAUAUGACGAAAAUCCGUAUAUUACAUACUCAUUACAGAACAAAAAGAUCAAAAUCAGCGGAUAUUUCGUAAGAUGCGGCUGUUGCUAUCAUGGAUGCUGUUGCGAAGAUGACUACUUUGACUGCUUUGACUGCUGCCUAUAUUCAUGGUCUCUCCAGAUUUCCGAUGACAACAGAACAUGGAAAGAAGUUCACAGAGUUGAUAAAGAUGAUACAAUGAGAAGAUGUAACGAAAAAAGCUAUACACUGGAUAAGGAAUACGCUACAAAAUACAUUAGAUUAAUUCAAAAUGAUCCAUGCCCUGGCUUCCCACCAUGCAUUGCAAUAAACAAACUUGAAAUUUACGGAGAUAUUCUGAAUGCAGAUAAUUCUCAAGAUGAUGAGUUUGUUUCUUAUCAUGAUGAUGACGAUGAUGUUAGUAUUAUUGGCCAUAUCUCAAAGAAUGGAAGAGUUAUUGAAAAUUAA